AUGGUUACACUCACCCCUCAAACCCUUCUCCGCCCCUACCUCUAUUCUCCAUCCCCUUUCCAUUCCCCCAAUUCUAAAUCCAAAUUCCUUCGCAGUCACCGGAACCCUAUUCUCCGUUGUUCCAUAGCCGAGGAUUCCAAAUCCACCGCAUCUCCGACCAAAUCGGACUCCCGAGCCCGAGACCUCUCCCCCGUAGACUGCGUAGUCGUUGGCGGUGGCAUCAGCGGCCUCUGCAUCGCUCAGGCUCUUUCUACCAAACACGCUGAUGGUGUCUCCAAUGUUGUUGUCACCGAGGCUCGAGGUAGAGUUGGUGGCAAUAUUAUCACUAUUGAGCGAGAUGGUUAUCUGUGGGAAGAAGGUCCUAACAGUUUUCAACCUUCUGAUCCUAUGCUCACCAUGGUGGUUGACAGUGGUUUGAAGGAUGAGCUUGUUCUAGGUGAUCCUGAUGCACCUAGGUUUGUGUUGUGGAAUGGGAAAUUGAGGCCGGUACCAGGAAAGCCAGCUGAUUUGCCUUUCUUUGAUUUAAUGAGCAUUGGUGGCAAGCUCAGGGCUGGAUUUGGAGCACUUGGAAUUCGCCCUCCUCCUCCAGGUUAUGAGGAAUCUGUUGAAGAAUUUGUGCGUCGUAAUCUUGGCGAUGAGGUUUUUGAACGCUUGAUAGAGCCUUUUUGUUCAGGUGUCUAUGCUGGUGAUCCUUCAAAGUUAAGUAUGAAAGCAGCAUUCGGGAAAGUGUGGAGGCUGGAACAAAAUGGUGGUAGCAUUAUUGGUGGCUCCUUCAAAGCAAUACAAGAGAGAAAUGGAACUUCAAAACCACCCCGUGAUCCGCGUCUUCCAAAACCAAAAGGUCAAACUGUUGGAUCAUUCCGAAAGGGACUUGCGAUGUUGCCAGAAGCAAUUUCUGCUAGGUUAGGUAACAAGGUGAAGUUAUCUUGGAAGCUUUUAAGUAUUAGUAAACUGGAUGGUGGAGAGUACAGUUUGACAUAUGAAACCCCAGAAGGAGUCGUUUCCUUGCAGAGCAAGGCUGUUGUCAUGACCAUUCCAUCCCAUGUUGCUAGUCCAUUGCUGCGUCCCCUGUCUUCCACUGCUGCAGAUGCACUUUCAAAGUUUUAUUACCCUCCAGUAGCUGCAGUUUCCAUUUCCUAUCCAAAAGAAGCCAUUAGAUCAGAAUGCUUGAUAGAUGGCGAGUUGAAGGGAUUUGGUCAAUUGCAUCCACGAAGCCAAGGAGUGCAAACGUUAGGAACUAUAUAUAGCUCAUCCCUUUUCCCUAACCGAGCACCACCUGGAAGGGUUCUUCUCUUGAAUUACAUUGGAGGGGCUACCAAUACUGGGAUUUUAUCAAAGAUGGAGAGUGAGCUUGUUGAAGCAGUUGACCGAGAUUUGAGAAACAUCCUUAUAAAGCCAAAUGCUCAGGAUCCAGUUGUUUUGGGUGUUAGAGUGUGGCCUCAAGCUAUUCCACAGUUCUUAGUUGGACAUCUUGAUCUCCUAGAUGUUGCUAAAGCUUCUUUAAACAAUACUGGGUUUGAGGGACUGUUCCUUGGGGGCAACUAUGUGUCUGGUGUUGCUUUGGGACGGUGUGUUGAGGGAGCUUAUGAGAUAGCAGCUGAAGUAAAUAAUUUUAUCUCACAAAGAGUGUACAAGUAG